ACAUUCGUGUUGAACAAGCACGAGUGAACCGUACCUUAUUUAUUGGGAGAUUAAAUAGGACUAUGAAUGAAGAGGAUAUCCGCAAGCUUUUAGAGCCAUAUGGAGCCGCGGAAGAUAUUUAUUUACUAAGAACUUAUUCAACUGGAAGGAGCAGGGGCUGUGCUUUUGUUAAAUUUUGUUAUCGAGAUGAUGCUAUUAGAGCAUAUAUGAAUCUGCGCCAACAUACAAGUAAUUACGUGAUAGAAUGGGCAGCGAAUUUAGAAAAGGCAGUCCCAGGACCCGAAGACAUUGACAAGAAAUCAAUCUUCGUUGGUCAGCUCAAUCAAGCCGAAGUAACCAAGGAAUCCCUUGCUGAAAAGUUCGGUCGUUAUGGUAGAAUUAAAGAAAUACAAUAUGUAGCGAGAAAAUUCUUGCGAGCAUCAGGUUCACCACGAAGUGCAUUUGCGUUCAUUUAUUACGACGACGAGGAGGCACCGAGGAAAGCAAUCGAAGCUGAAAACAAUACGAAAUACUUUGAUCGGACUAUUCGCGUACAAUAUCGCGAAUCCCAAGAAUUUCGUCAUCAGCAAAUUCAAUUGCUUCGUCAGCAACAGGAGAUACGACGAAAAGCUUUUCAAGAGUCUUAUUACAACGUUAUACCUAGUGGACGUCAACCUAUAAGGCCUCCACCAUUAUCACGCGCGCAAAAUUAUUACGCGAGUGUUCAAAAGACUUCUAUAAGUCAAGGCCGAAGAAACAGUAUCAUUCCAAAGGAGAUACCAAUAAUGACAACCCCUGUCUUUUAUCCACAAGUCAGCAUGGGAGUUCACCAAAUCGGUCCAAACAAAAACACGAUGUCUGGUUCUAACACAAAUGGAAAACAAGAGCCUAAAGGCAAAGGCCCAGAAGUGCAAAAUAAUACUGCUCCUAAAAUGAUACAACCUGAAUUGAUGUAUUAUCCACCUCCGACAAGCAUUCCUACUUCUGUUGGAAUGAUUUCAGCAUAUACAGGAAGUCCUCGAGAAUUUACAAUGCCACCAUAUAUACAUACACCAGAAGGUCUCGCUUAUCCGUAUGCAUCGUCAAUGACAUUUAUGGGAACAAUCAAUCAUAAUAAUGGCGCAUCAUCUGGUCACGAACCGAAGAACACUACUACAUCUAAAGCGCCGUUGGCACCUAAUAUUUUACAUUCCUACAUACCACCAUAUGUUCCUGGACAACCUAUUAAUGAAUAUGGGUUUUCUGAAGUCGUAGGACAUUCAACACAAUAUUGUGGUGUGCCUAUCCCAAUUCAAAUCACGAUGCCACCGCCAAUGUACUUUUAUCCUUCACCACCUAUGGAUCCGGGAUAUAAAACGCCAUACUUACAAACAUUAGAAGAUUAUGCGAGUGGAUACGAAGCUGUUAUUGAAAUUAAUACCCAUACUGAUGAAAAAAAGACUGCAGUCGGAGAAAUAACAAAAGAAGAAGGUUCUUCGAGCUCCAAGGUUCUUGAUAACAAGGUAUAUGCAGACGUUGCUCAGGAACCAUUAAAAAUUUAAACAACGAACGCAAGGAAAUAAUAAUUUUUUUUUUUAAAAAAAAAAAUAACAAUGAAUAUUUAUUAUUGCUUAUAUUGCCAGAAGAAUGUAUAUAUAUUAUCGUCAAGAAAAAUACAUAUUAAUCAGAUGUACAUAUUUGUAUUUUUAUUUCAUAUAACUAAUUAAUUUGGGAUAAUUAUAUUAAAAGAUAUUUAUUAAAAAUAUCAUUUUUGGAUGCAAUAUUUGUAUAA